AUGUAGAUAAUAGUUCCUAAAAUAUAUAAUAAUAAUCUAAAAAAACGCAGUAACGUAAAGGUUAAUACACAUAAACGGGUAUGUAACUUUUGACUUUAAUAAUUUGGUUAUUAAUGUCCAUUCUUGUAAUUGAACAUAUCUCAAAUUUUUUAAUAAUAAUUUGGGCAUUAAAUAUGUCCGUUGCCAAACCAGAGGCUUACGGCCUUUGCUUCACUAAGAACCUCUCGGCGAUUUGUGCUUGUGACGGUGACUAUUCCUCGCCACUCUCUUCGAGAGCUAGCACAUCUCUCUUUUGUGAAAGGAGCUUCAAAAUUGCCAAGGGAAGAUCUUUAUCUGCUAGUGAUCGAUCAAUUAAAAAACGAAAAAAAUGGAGGUUGAGAUAAUAUCACGAGAGUGCAUCAAACCCUUUUCUCCAACACCGCAUCACCUUAGAACCUACAAGAUCUCUCUGAUCGAUCAAUUUGGUACUCCAACAUUUGUUUCUUCCCUCCUUUUCUAUCCACCAAGCCAAGCUACCUCCAUCUCCAUCUCCAUGUCCAAGAGAUCACAAGUGCUAAAACAAUCUCUAUCAAGCAGUCUAACUCUUUAUUAUCCACUCGCCGGAAGGUUCAUCGACAAUCUUUCAAUUGAUUGUAACGACGAGGGACUUUGUUAUAUGGAGGCUAGAGCUAAUUGUGAUUUGAACGAUUAUCUCAAACAACCUGAUAUCUCAAAACUUCCUAAGUUUGUGCCAGAAGGAAUCCUUUAUAGUGAAACAACUCCACGUGGUAAUGUUUUUAUGAUACAAGAAAUUGUGUUUGCUUGUGGUGGCUUUGCUAUAGGACUAGUUGUUCCACACCAUGUAUUUGAUGCAGCUUCUUUGAUAGUAUUCCUAAAAACUUGGGCUACAAUGGCUCAAUAAGGGGUAGCGAUACCUCCCGAUUUCAGCUCCUCAUAUUUGUUUACUCAAAACGCAGCUUUUCCACAAGAUCCGAUGAGCUCAAUCCUAGCAAGUCAGGUAUUUGGUAGAGAUGGUAGCUUUGUUUGCAGGAGGUAUGUGUUUGAAGGAUUCACCGUGAGCAAUCCUAAAUCCAAAGCAAAACGCUAUGGAAUUCAUAACCCAACAUGAGUAGAGGUUGUGCUUGGACUCCUCUUUAGAUGUGUCAUGUCUACAUUUAAGGCGAAAUAUGGAGCCUAGAAGUCAAUUUUGAUGUCUACUUCGGUGAACUUGCUACCGAGGGCUAUGCCACCAUUCCCAGAAACAAGUGUAGGAAAUUUAGUUUUGCUAGCAUCUAUUGUAAUUGGUGAGGAAACAAAUUUGUGCAGUUUCAUAGGCUGGGUGAAGGAAAGCAUAUCCAGAUUCAAUGGUGAUUUGUUGAAGAGCUUUCAAGGUGCUCAAGGAUUGCAACAUUUUUUGGAGUUCGCGACAAAGACUUGUAAAUCAUAUUCGAAGGCUUUGUCCGAUGGAGUCGAAUUCAUUGUGUUUAAUAGCUGGUGUAACUCGGGCAUUUAUAGUGUUGAUUUUGGUUGGGGGAAGCUGAUACGGUUUCUAAGUACUGCUCUCGCUCUUCCGAUUCGUGGAUCUGUGAUUCAGCUCUUGGAUACUAGAAUGAGUAAUGGAAUAGAAGCAUGGAUGACACUAGAAGAAGAAAUCAUGUCUGUGGUGGAGCAUGAUGAGGAACUUCUUUCAUAGGCCUUAGUAGAUCCAAGUCCUCUAGAAAUUGAUUCAAUGCAGUCAAACCUUUGAUCUAUCCAUCUUUGUAACUUUUGUUGUUGUGUUUGUGGUUUUUUUUCCUCAAAUCCAUUUCAAUUAUCAAUUUGUUUCGUUUGGUAAACAUAG